CUCCCUCCCUCCUCCCCCCUCCACCCUCUGGGCCGGAUCUCGCCUCGCUGAGGCGGAGGAGGAGAAGGAGGAGGAGGAGGACGUUCGGCCUGCGCAGUGAGAUGUUUGUCCGUCGCCGCCGCCGCCGCCAUCGCGGAGGAGCGCGAUAAAGGGAGCGGAGCCGGGCGUGAGGGGACCCCGCGGAGUCGCCGCGCCAGCGCAGCCCCGUAGCCGAGUCUGAGCCGCCUGAGCCCGCGACGCCGCCGCCGCCGCGGCCGCCCAGGGGCCGGCCAGCUCGCCCAGCCCAGCCCGGGGGCCGUGCCGCCGCCGCCCCCAGCGUCGCCCCUCGCCUGACCGCCCUCCUUAAAUGUGACACCGGCGCUGGGAGUGCGACCUGAAGCCGCCGCCGGGGAGGGGACGAGCACCAUGUCGAAUCUGAGCAAAGGCACGGGCAGCCGGAAGGACACCAAGAUGCGGAUCCGGGCCUUUCCGAUGACCAUGGAUGAAAAAUAUGUAAACAGCAUUUGGGACCUUCUGAAAAACGCAAUUCAAGAAAUCCAGCGUAAGAAUAACAGUGGUCUUAGUUUUGAGGAGCUCUAUAGAAAUGCAUAUACAAUGGUUUUGCAUAAACAUGGAGAAAAGCUCUACACUGGACUGAGAGAAGUUGUUACCGAACAUCUCAUAAAUAAGGUGCGAGAAGAUGUACUAAAUUCAUUGAAUAACAACUUUCUUCAAACACUAAAUCAAGCUUGGAAUGAUCAUCAAACAGCUAUGGUGAUGAUUAGAGACAUACUAAUGUAUAUGGACCGUGUAUAUGUACAACAAAAUAAUGUGGAGAAUGUCUACAAUCUGGGCUUAAUUAUUUUUCGAGAUCAAGUUGUACGUUAUGGAUGUAUUAGGGAUCAUCUACGGCAAACUCUAUUGGAUAUGAUUGCAAGAGAACGGAAAGGAGAAGUUGUAGACAGAGGCGCAAUAAGGAAUGCUUGCCAGAUGUUAAUGAUUUUAGGUCUUGAAGGAAGAUCAGUCUAUGAAGAAGAUUUUGAGGCUCCUUUUUUGGAAAUGUCUGCAGAAUUUUUUCAGAUGGAAAGUCAGAAGUUUUUAGCAGAAAACAGUGCUUCGGUAUAUAUUAAGAAAGUAGAAGCUAGAAUUAAUGAAGAAAUAGAACGGGUGAUGCACUGCCUUGACAAAUCAACUGAAGAGCCAAUUGUAAAGGUAGUUGAGAGGGAACUCAUUUCCAAACACAUGAAGACUAUAGUAGAAAUGGAGAAUUCUGGGCUAGUACAUAUGUUGAAAAAUGGAAAGACAGAAGACCUUGCUUGCAUGUACAAAUUAUUUAGUCGUGUGCCAAAUGGUUUGAAAACGAUGUGUGAAUGUAUGAGUUCCUAUUUGAGGGAACAAGGUAAAGCCCUCGUUUCUGAGGAAGGAGAAGGAAAGAAUCCUGUUGACUAUAUCCAGGGCUUAUUGGAUCUGAAGAGUAGGUUUGAUCGCUUCCUUCAGGAAUCGUUCAAUAAUGACCGGCUCUUUAAACAAACUAUUGCGGGUGACUUUGAAUAUUUUCUCAACCUCAACUCCAGGUCCCCUGAAUACCUCUCAUUAUUUAUUGAUGAUAAGCUGAAAAAGGGAGUCAAAGGACUAACAGAACAAGAAGUAGAAACAAUAUUGGAUAAGGCAAUGGUCCUUUUUAGAUUUAUGCAAGAAAAAGAUGUAUUUGAACGUUAUUAUAAACAACACUUGGCAAGGAGACUUCUCACAAAUAAAAGUGUUUCUGAUGACUCUGAAAAAAAUAUGAUAUCUAAGUUAAAGACUGAAUGUGGGUGUCAAUUCACAUCAAAACUGGAAGGAAUGUUUAGGGAUAUGAGCAUCUCAAACACAACUAUGGAUGAAUUCAGGCAACACCUGCAGGCAACUGGGGUGUCUUUAGGUGGUGUUGAUCUCACAGUCCGGGUGCUCACAACAGGAUAUUGGCCCACUCAGUCAGCCACACCAAAGUGCAACAUCCCACCAGCACCAAGGCAUGCUUUUGAAAUAUUCCGAAGGUUUUACUUAGCCAAACACAGUGGUCGACAGCUCACACUCCAACAUCAUAUGGGUUCUGCAGAUCUCAAUGCUACCUUUUAUGGACCAGUUAAAAAGGAAGAUGGAUCUGAAGUUGGUGUUGGAGGUGCACAAGUAACGGGCUCUAAUACACGGAAGCACAUAUUGCAAGUCUCCACUUUCCAGAUGACCAUAUUAAUGCUCUUCAAUAAUAGAGAAAAAUACACAUUUGAGGAAAUUCAACAAGAGACUGAUAUCCCUGAAAGAGAGCUUGUUAGAGCCCUGCAGUCCCUCGCCUGUGGUAAACCAACACAGCGGGUACUUACAAAAGAACCCAAGUCAAAGGAAAUAGAAAAUGGUCACAUAUUUACAGUUAAUGACCAGUUUACAUCCAAACUACACAGAGUCAAGAUUCAAACAGUUGCUGCCAAACAAGGUGAAUCUGACCCAGAAAGGAAAGAAACAAGGCAGAAAGUAGAUGAUGACAGAAAACAUGAGAUAGAAGCUGCUAUAGUGCGGAUAAUGAAAUCUAGGAAGAAGAUGCAGCACAAUGUGUUAGUAGCAGAGGUAACACAGCAGUUGAAGGCUCGAUUUUUACCAAGUCCGGUUGUUAUUAAGAAACGUAUUGAAGGACUUAUUGAGAGAGAAUAUUUGGCACGAACACCUGAGGAUCGCAAAGUAUACACAUAUGUAGCAUAAAAUGCAUUCAGAAAUUUGAUUUAUUCUCGGACUGUACUCUUCGCAUGGACCUGGAAGUUCUUUUAAAUCAUUAAAUAUUAAGACGACCAUCUCUUCUAUUAAAUUACAGUACAUGUUCUAGACCAUUCAGAUCAAGCCUUUACUCCCUUUGAGAGUUUUCAACAUCAGUUGAUUGAGCUUCAGGCUUUUCAGCGUUUAUCCCUGUAGAGAUCAUCUUUACAGUUCCUCGGGAAAAUGUGAAUGUGCCGCGUUUUGUUUUCAAUACUGUAUGAAAACAGGAAAAAAUAAAACAAAAAUUUAGAAAAUACAGCUCAUUAAAAUAAAAUUGUUGGAUUUCAUUUCCCCAGGUCUUCAGUGUUGAUGUAAAUGUGUUUCUGUAGUGUUGCUUAGCACUUUGCGCAUUGUAUAAGUUGGGUAACAAAACUGAUAAAAGAAAUGACAGGAUUCUCAAUUAUCUUGCUCUGCUUAAGACAUUUCUUUAACUAGUCUUGUUUAAUUUAAAGGUUUGAUAAAUAUACAAAGACCCAAGCAUACAAUUUGAGCAUGCUUUCUUCUACCACUUGCACUCACUAAUCUUAUAGCAUUAUGACCAGGAUACUUUGUUUUGGGCUCAGUACACACCCUGAUUUGAUUUUUCCCUGUUGUAAUUUGAGAUAUCCCAAAUUAAGUGUCCUAUAAUGAUUAGGUUUUGUUCUGAGUUAUUUCUAGAGACAGAAAAUAUUUUAGUCUGUAUAAAUUGUACAAUAAUUUUUUGCUGUUGUACUCUGCUAAUAGUGGAUUGUAUAGGGCAGUGUUUUUAUUUCAUUUAUUAUAGACAAAAAUAAAUGAGCUUAGUAUACACAAACCCACUAAUUCAAGUAUGUCAGAGCACAAAGUUGGCAGCUGGUUAUGUUUACUUCAGCCCCUUUGAAAAGCACAUACAGUCUACACUGUUUAUAAACAUCUUAGGUCUCCUGCCCUCCCCCAACCGAAAAUAUAUAUUUUGGUGAAGCUGUGGUGCACUAUUAAUUUUCUGUUUUAAAAUGCAAUCUAAAGAUGCAAUAAAUAUGAUUAACUUGAUAUUUUUAAUGAAAUAUUCAGUUCUUGCAGUUAACUGUUUUCGAGAGUGAUUAAGCAAUAUUUUUCAAACCUGAUGAUUCUUGGAUUUUUAGCUAUUGUCCUCCAAAGAGUCAUUGUUUCACAUUUUCAAAGAUGUGCUCUGUGCUGAAGAUUCAGUUAUCCUGUGCUUCCAACUUUCACCAGAGUUUUUUUACCUGAUUUAUCUGCCAAGGACUAUAGUUUGCUUUAUUCUAACUUCAAAAUAUGUUUAUCUUCAAUUUUAUUUAAUUUAGUUUCAUUUUGUUUUAAUAAGACAAUGUUUCAAAUAUGUAUUUCGGGCAAACCACUACAGAUUUCUGUUGGGUGGAUAAGUGAAAUGUUAAUAAGCUCAAGUAAACCACCCUUCACUGACUGUAAGUACUGUCGAUACAUUUAUUAGAAUAUAUGUCUCAGAAGAUGGUUUGUGUUUAAAUUUAUAGUCGAGUUUAAUCUGGAUUAAAAACUCCACGUUUUCCCCAUGCGUCUUGGAUUAUAGUUUUCCUUUUAGACUUGCAAAUACGCUUUUAUUGCAUUUAAGUUUGUCUCCAUUUGUACUGUAGAAUUAUAUGCCUUAUGCUAUUAAUCUCUACAUUUUCUACUUUUACAUGAUGUAAGUAAAAUGCAGAUGAAAAUAUCACAAACAUUAUUCUCAGGACACUUUUACCAUGCUUGAGCAGUAGUAAGUCAGGUGUAACAUGGAAAGCUGAAGGGGUUCACUUUCUGAUAUUUACAUAAUUGGAAUUUCUAUAAUAGUUAGAUGCAUAUCCUAAAGAAGAUACUGGUAUUUCAGGUUUGGAAUUUUUUUUAUUGCUCUGAAUGCCCAGUUAAAUGAUAUAUAACACCUUGAGAAAUGGAACAGCUGAGAUUCCCAAGUGAUAUGAGAGAUGUAAGAAUUUCAACUUUUAGAAAUCUCCUCAAUGAGACAUUAAAGCAAAAUGUGCCAAACUUUAAAAAUCAGUAAAGUUAAUGUCAUUGCCUCUACUGGGAAUUAGAGAGACAUACUUGUUUGGUGGCACAGAUUUUAGAUUUUGCUUCUGAAUGCUUAUCAAUAUAUUAAAAUAACAUUUCUGAAUUACAAUUGAGUUGAAUGGCUGGGGAAUGCUGGUGGUGCUGCAUUGAGACAAUGAUUAGGUCACCUAAAGUAUUUAUGUUUCUUAGCUCAUAAGUAUUAUUUUAGCUAACAAAGCUCAUAACAAGAUACCCUUUGCCAUUUUCAGUAGGAGGUUAUUGGUGGUAUUUUUUUCAGUAAUAAUAUGUUUUCAUUUCAAAGAAUAAUGCAUCCUAACCAUCUAAUCCUGUUUGUGUGGAUUAAUUUUGGUGACUUGAAGAAUUUUAGGAGGGUGGAUGCAUGAUUUUAAACUGUAAAAAUGAUGUAAUCUCUCUUCAGCAAUUGUUAAAUUGUAAUUCUCUUCUAUCAUUUUUGAAUCCAGGUCAGUGUUUGUUUUGAAUAAUGUUCUAGUUAUAUUAUUUAAAGUCUGAAAAUUCAUUGCACUUAGGGAGCACACAGCCUCACAAAAUAAACAGUGGUUGUGAUUGCAAGGA